AUGUCAUCAUCGAAGCUGACCUUUGUCUUGAUUAUUAUCGUUGUAUAUCUUUAUACUUCUACUUUUGCAGAGAAUGAAUUGUCACAAAAUUAUUCGGAAAAUGAUACCAGUGAAGAUAUUAAUCAGAAUAUAACUACGGAGCCAAUUGAAUUAAUCACAAAAUUAAUUAUUAUUAUUAUAAAAGAGUUGGAAAUGAAUGGAAAAACUGAAAAUGGAACAAAAUUGGGAAUGCCAGAAGGAACUGAAAAUGACAGAGAAAUUGAAAUGAAUGAAAAUUUUGGAAAUGAAACAAUAAGAAUGUAUGAAGAUCAUGAAAUGAAUUUAACAAAUUUGGUAAAGCCAAUUAUUCGUGAUGUAAUUAUUGAAAUAAAAAAGCAAUUAGCUAAAAAAGAACCAGCACUUAGCUUAUUUGGUGCUAUUCAACGUGUCACCGGUGACUUUUGGAUUACUUUUGUUAAUACAGUUAAAACAAUUAAUAACUUUUUUGAUGCGUUAUUUGCACCACUUUUAAUACCAUUGCAACCAAAGCUAACUGAAAAUUAA